AUGGCGCAACGGGAACGACGCUCAAAUGCUGGGAAUCGAAUGGCCAAACUAUUGGACGAUGAGGAAGAAGACGAUUUCUAUAAAACUACUUAUGGUGGUUUUCAGGAAGUAGAGGAGGAUAAUGACUAUGUACAAGAAAAAGAAGCUGAGGAUGUUGUUGACUCUGAUUUUGAUAUUGAUGAAAAUGAUGAACCAGUAUCAGAUCAGGAAACAACAGAUGAUAAACAGAAAAGGAAAGUCGGCACAAAAUCAUAUAAGGACCCCAAUAGAAAAAGGAAAGCAGCUGUGGUAAAGAAAAUUUCCAAAAAACCGAAGGAACCCAAGGAACCAAAGUUGAAGGAAGAUAAAAGUGACAAAGUUGAUAAUUUUGAUAGAUCCAUUGACACAUCUAUAGAACGCAAAUCUAUCAGACAAAGUACAGCAGUGAAAUCAGCCGAGACUCAAGAAAGAAUUAAAAUAAGAUCAGAGUUGAAAAAGAAAAAACCAAAGAAAGUAGAAGAAAAGAUGCCGUCACAAGAAGAACUUCUCGAGGAAGCACUUCUUACUGAAAAAGAAAAUUUGAAAAGCUUAGAGAGAUUUGAACAAAUUGAAAUGGAAAGAAAAAAGAUUCGACCCACCAAAAAAACCAUCACAGGACCUAUAAUAAGGUACCACUCUUUUGCUGUACCCGUAACCAAUCCUAGUGCCGAUGAUGAUAGAACUAGUUUGACACCGAUCGCAGAUAUAUCGCUCAGUGAUAUUAUCAAAAGCGAAGAAGCUUUCCUCACCUCAAGUAUUAUGAAUGAUGUGUCGAUGUCAGAGCCAAAACUCGAAGUACCCGAUGAGAUUCUAGAGAAAGAGGAAAAACCGAUAAAAACCGACGUCGAUGUGAUUGGAAUCGAUGAGGAGUUGGACAUCGCUAAAGUGGCCAAAGAAGAGAAACCCACAAAAUUGACCCGAAGCAACACUUCUUACUUUGAGAGAACGCUCUUGUCCUUCGAAAACGAUAUAAAGGAUGAAGCGUUCAACGCCUGCUUCCCACAGAAACAGCCGAGGAGAAGACGUGAAUUGUUAUGCGCUGUGACCAAGAGACCGGCUCGCUACAUAGAUCCCAUUACCAAACUACCAUACCGAAGUGUAGACGCUUUCAGAAUAAUAAGGGAAGCAUAUUACCAACAAUUGGAGGCUAGAGGUGACAGAAACGACCCACAAACGGCCGCGUGGCUAAAAUGGCGUCGAGCAGACACUACCUCUACUUACGUACAGAUCCAUAUCAAAUGA